AUGUCUUCUUCCGCGCCAGUCGAUCGGGGGCCUGCACUGGAAGCCGCAAUAUGGACCCAGAUUGUGAUUGCCUUUGUCUUCGUCGUUCUGCGUUUCUGGGCCCGCUUCUACCCGCGGGGCAUCGGUCUCGACGACGGCCUGAUGCUGACGUCCUGGGUUUUAUUCCUUGCUAGUGGUGUCAUCAUUCAGCUCGGCGCCCAGGAUGGCAUGACUCUGCAUUUUCAGGAUUUGAGUAUAGAAACCCAGCAAUAUCAGCUCCAACUGGUGGUCAUCUUUCUCGCCAUUGCCAUCGCCACCACCUGGCUUGGGAAAGUCGCCAUAGGCAUAACCAUCCUACGCAUCAUAGGCAAUACAUCCCCAUGGAAGCGAUAUGCGAUAUUGGUCCUCCUGGGCCUCAUGACCCUCUUCUCCGUUACCGACAUCUUCCUCAGCCUCUUCCGGUGCGGUAAUCCGCGCGCACAAUGGGACUACGAACUCGCUGCAACGGCUACUUGCCUGCCCCGAUCCAAGACUAACCCUUUCAACGACGGCACCAACGCCAUUCUGGUCUUUGCCGAUUACUUCCUCUCCGUUCUCCCCAUGGCCGUCAUAUGGGGUUUACGAAUGCCCUUGCGGAGGAGGAUCAUGGUCAUCGUUCUGCUGGGGCUAACCAUCAUCACCGGCGUGGCAGGAACCGUGAAAAUGGUUCACGUCAGCCUCCUGGAUAUGAAUGACAUUACUGGGGGCAUCUAUGAUAGCCUCAUUUGGUACGGCAUUGAGACCAUGUUCAUCAUCGUAUUUGGAUCUAUGCCCGCCCUCCAUCCGUUAUGGAGGCGCUUCUUCCAACUACUUGGCAACCGUCGACAUCAGGAACUGAACAGGCAGCCUACCAUGACGUAG